AGAGGCUCGCGCAUCAGCUCCCGCCAAUUCUGAGUUGAGCGCGAGGGAGUUCAGUAGGGGAUGCGAGACGGCUAGCGGCGGAGCUAAUCACAGAGUCAGUCACUCAGUCCGUCCGUCCACAGGAAAAAAAAGCGCCUAUUAUUAUAUAAAAAAAGUAAUAAUAAGAACAAAUGAAGAUCCAAUGAGGGUUCCGGACGUUUUCUGGACGUGAAAACGAAUCAACUUCUACUUUUAUUUACACGUUCAUCAUCAUUACUACUUUUUUCAUUUUUUUUACCUCAGCGAAAGUUCCGAAUGGUGGCGGUGAUGCUCGCGGCCGAGGACCCAUCAUCACCCAUGCCUUUAGCCUGCACGCCCCGGAGAGGAAUGGAUUGUGUGGACAAAGCCAGCACUGCCAGCAAGAAACUCGUUCAAGCACGUCUUCCAUUCAAACGACUUAACCCUGUACCCAAGGAAACCGGGAAGACCAAAAGAACCAAAACAGAAGCUUCUCCUCUUCCUACCCAUGAACCGAGCGCCUCUGAUGGGGAGAAUGAAGUUAAUGCUACCUCUACACCCCUGCAACCGAGACCUGCUCUGAAAAAUGGCCGUGGGCCUCUUGAUGGUUUUAUGAGGCGGACCAAGUAUCCUCUGGUUAGUCCCGGUUCUGCUGUGGUUGUUGACUUGACCGAGGACUCGAACUCCGCCGAUGUCAGGACACAGACUUCAGCUCCUGUGGAUGCGCUGUGUUCUACAGAUGCAAAAAAUACCCAAAAUGUCACAGAAAGAAAAGGGGCUGAAGCUGUUUCUGCCGUUCCCUUGCCGUCAGAAGAAACGAUGGAAACCGAUGAAGCUGAGGACAGUGUCUCUCAACCUCAUUUGGACAGCACGUUGGAGUCUGAACCUGAGACGGAGCAGGAUGAGAAUCAGCCAGACGAGACUGAAGAUAGUCAGGAGAACAAAUCUGUUCUGUCUGAAAGCUCGGUUUCUUUGAUUGAGAGUUCUCCAGAGCCCAAUAAAGGCACACCAACCUCUCCUGCAUCAGAGCCACGGAUGAACACUGAGCAAAAACAAUUGAAAAGACGCUCUCUUAAGAGUGCUCAAGAGCUGGAAGAGAAGCACAGACAACGAGAGGAGAAAGAGCAGCAGAAACAGGAUGCUAAGGCCGCCAAAGAGAAGAAGCGAGAGGAAGCACGGAAACUGAAAGAGGAGAUGAAGAAAGAAAAACAAGAGAAGAAAGAGAAGGAAGAAAGGGAACGGCGAGAGAAAAGGGAAAAGCAUGACAAAGAGAAGGCCGAAAGACAGCAGGCAAAAGAAGAACAGCGCAAAGUGAAGAUCGAGGCUAAACUUGAAGAGAAAAGAAAAAAAGAAGAGGAAAAACGGUUGAAGGAAGAGAAAGAGAGAAUCAAAGCAGAAAAGGCUGAGAUCACUCGAUUCCUACAGAAACCCAAGCCUCAAUUAGCACCUAAGACUCUGGCGUCCGUCUGUGGGAAAUUUGCGCCGUUUGAAAUCAAAGAACACAUGGCUUUGGCCCCGCUUACUCGUGUGCAUUGUGAAGAGGCAGUUCUUGAGGAGCUGGAUCAAUUCCUGACAAAACCGAACUACACUCUUGACUGCUUGAAGGACUGGAUAACCCGUAAACCACGCAAGUCAGGACCAACCAAACCCAAACGCACAGACACGCCAAGAGACUGCGUAAUGCUUGAUGAUUGCCCAAAAUCUGGUGUUCCUGACCACAAACGUUACGGACGCAUGAAGCUUCUUCAGUUUCGUGAAAACUAUCGCCCUGCUUACUGGGGCACUUGGAGCAAAAAGAGCACUCACAUAUCGCCUCGUUGUCCUUUCAAAGUGGACAAGGAUCUGCUUGACUAUGAGGUGGACAGUGAUGAGGAAUGGGAAGAGGAGGAGCCAGGAGAGUCCCUGUCACAUAGUGAAGGGGAUGAUGAUGACGAAGGUGAUGAUGAUGAAGAAGACGAUGGCUUCUUUGUACCCCACGGUUAUCUUUCAGAUGGCGAAGGAGCGCUUGAAGAUGAGGAGGGUGGUGACCUUGAGAAGCAGAAGGUGCGUCAGAAGCUGAAAGCUCGGGAGUGGGAUGAGCUGAUGGCUAAGAGGAAGCUGAACGUGCUGGAGGCAGUGGUAAGAGGCUGCGUGUGGGACGGAGAAGAUUCUCCAUUAGAAAUGUUGCAGUCUUACGCCAUCUGCAUGAUCGAGCCUCUGAACAGUGAGGACCCCAACACACCUGAAGAAAAAGUUUCACGCCAACAGAGAAAUGAACAGUGGCUCUCUCAGCUGUUGCCCCUGCUACAUGGUAAUGUUUGCAGCAGUAAGGUGAUCAUCACAGAGUUCCAGGAGUUCUGUCGACAGCAACAGGCAUCCUCACCUGCAGGCAGCCCACAGAGCUUUGCAGACAGCGUUCCCCCCAGGAUCCGAGUGAAGCGCCUCAUGAAGGAAAAUGCGGUAUACGAAAAGAGAUCAACGUAUAAACGGUGCUGCUGGUACGUUCAUCCAGAGGUCCUUGCACGUUUUGGCCAGGAGGCCUUACCGGUACCCUGCCAGUGGACUUACCUUACCACGGGAGCACACACAGCUCGAGAUGAAUCCACCGUGGGGUCACAGGGCUCCUCUCCCACUGCGUCACAUUCCACCUCCACCACUCCCUCUAACAAAAGGAAGAGUAGCAGUAAUCAAUCCAUCACCAAGUACAUGAAAAAAUGUGGAGAAGCUGAACAGGCUGAAGCAAUGGAAACUGACGGAUUUCAGGCAGACACUGAGGAUGAUGACGAAGACGACUGCAUUAUUUUGUGCGAGCAAUCCGGAUCUUCUGAACCGAACAGUGAGAUACCCAGAUCAGAAACCAAGAACGCUGAGGCAAUGGACACUCUUCUCUCUCUUCCUUGCCCUACACCAGCUACUGCCUAAGCCACCAUUUAUGUUUAGUGUCCGACUUAACUGUGUAUGAGGGGCUUAAAUCCUAGUCUGCAGUUCCAGGUAAUGCGCAGUAUUAAAGGCCCAUCAAACGAGAAGUCAUGCUAUUUGUCAAACAUGCUGUCUGGUAGUUCACUGGGUCUGCUCUAACAAGGCUCUUUUCAACAAAAGGCAGCUAUCUGUGGUUGUGUAUAAUAAACUGUCUUGGCUCUGAUGCUCCACAGUGGCCCAGCACAUGAUUCUGGACUCGGCCCUGUUUUUAAAAUACAUACAGUCUAUAUAUAUAUAAAUAUAAAUAUAUAUAUACAUUUUCCCCAGAAUACUUGAACUGGUUUCUCAUUAAAAACUUUUUUUUUUUUUUUUUUUUUGGAAAAUGUAUCGCACUUUUUAUGUCUUUACUAUCCACACUUGUGCUUCUGCCUGCCAGCAUUUCUGUGGAUUUCUUUUCUUUUUGUAAAAAGGACAAAGACCCUACACAUGCUGGUUGUUCCUCUAAGCUGCUAUACACAGUGUAAUUAUAUUUAAAACCUCUACAAUGUGUAACUUUUUUUAAAUAAUGGUUUAGAGGUCCCAAAAAAUGGAGGAGGGGGGUUAAUCAACAUGUUUAAGGUUUCGAUUCUUAAAUUCCGAAAUAACUACAUCUAUUUGUUGUUGUGAUCGGUGUCUUUACAACAAUUGUUUAAAUAAAGCAUUAUUUAAAAAGA